AUGAGUAUUAUCCACGUUGUCCAGUUUCAAUUCAAGGAGCUUGUUCCGGCGGAGGAGGUGAAGACGCUGUGUGAGAGUAUGUUGGCUCUCAAAGACAAUUGCAUUCACCCGACGUCCAACAAGGCGUACAUCAAGUCUCUUGUCGGCGGACUCGAUUGUAGCCCCGAGGGCUUGCAGGACGGUAUCACACACGUCUUUGUUGCCGAGUUUGAGAGCAUCCAGGACCGCGAUUAUUACCUCGCCAACGACCCUGUGCAUCAGGCUUUCAAAAAGCAGGUUGGUUCGGCUAUUCUCAAGACGCGGGUGACUGAUUUUGCGCCGGGGGUAUUCUGA